UUCUAUAAACCAAACAAAACUCAAACCCGAUGCCAUUGAGUUGAUUCCAACUAGUGGCAAGCCCAUGUGUUACAGAGUAGAACUGCUCAGUAGGAUUUUCUUGGCUGUAAUUAACAGACGCAGAUCACCAGCCCUUUCUUCCGCAGUACCACCGGGUAAGUUCGAAGUGCCAACCUUAGGUUAGUAGUUGAGUGCGAACCAUUUGCACCACUUAGGGCCUCUGUGCUACCUAAAAGUGAAAAGGAGAUGCAAAGCAAGCACGCUGUUUUGAGAGCUAGAGAUAGGUUUCCAGCUUAUCCUAAAAGAGUUAAAGGUCGUUGCCUCUCACUGGGAAUGGAGACUGCUGUUUUCAUAACAGCCUUGUUGAACGAAUGGACCCUUUAAACUGUGUGCAAUAUAACACUGAUAAAAACUAAAAAUUCAAAAGAAAUUGAAAAAUUGGAGAUUAUGUGAGCCGAGAAAAAAAUUCUAAGCUUACAAAAGUUAUACACUGUGGAGUGCCCGCUCAUUUUUUUGUCCUCCCUUUUUUAAAAACUUAAAUCCAACUCCUUUACUUUAAUGUAAGAUAUAAUACAGUUUAUUUAAAGAUCUAUCCUAAUAUGUAAUAGAAGGUAACCAUCCGACUUGCUGGAAAGUAAAUUUUUCUGUGGCUUUUCCUUGGCUGUGGAAAUGUUUUUAAAAGCAUACUGCUAAGGAUAGGUUGUUGCUGUUUUCAUUUAAUCAUCAGCAGAACUGCAGUACCCUUAAAUGACAACAUUGAAAUAUUUUUCAGGUAGGCAUUGGUGGCAUCUGCUUGCGAGGCAAAGGGGUCUACAAAACUAUGAAUCAUCCAAGAACUUCACUUGAAACUAAAGAGUACCCUGAUACCGAGAUACAAAAAAAUCAAGUACUGUCUCUGGAAGAAUGGCAAGAAAAAUGGGUGAACCACAAUAUUCCAUUUCACCAAGAAGAAGGACAUCAGCUACUGAAGAAGCAUUUGGAUACUUUUCUUAAUGGCAGAAGUAAACUCAGGGUAUUUUUCCCUCUUUGUGGAAAAGCGGUUGAGAUGAGAUGGUUUGCAGACUUGGGACACAGUGUUGUCGGUGUGGAAAUCAGUGAACUUGGGAUACGGGAAUUUUUUACAGAGCAGAAUCUCUCUUACUCAGAAGAGCUAAUCACCCAAAUCCCUGGAGCCAAAGUAUUUAAGAGUUCUUCAGAGAACAUUUCUUUGUACUGUUGCAACAUGUUUGAUCUUCCAAGAGCAAAUAUUGGCCAGUUUGACCGGAUUUGGGAUAGAGGGGCAUUAGUUGCUGUCAAUCCAGCUGAUCGACAACGCUAUGCUGAUAUAAUGUUGUCCCUAACAAGGAAGAGGUUUCGCUACUUUGCGUGUGUUGUAUCUUAUGAUCCAACUAAACAUCCAGGUCCACCAUUUUAUGUUCCAGAUGCUGAAAUUAAAAGGUUGUUUGGAACAGUGUGCAGUAUUCAUUGUCUUGACAGUGUUGAUGUUUUUGAAGAACGACAUAGAAGUUGGGGAAUUGACUACAUUUUUGAAAAGUUAUAUCUAUUUACAGAAAAGUAAAUGAGAUAGAAAAUCGAGUAACAUCAACAUGUUCUUGAGCAAUUGAAAAUUAUGCUGUCAUGAAAAUAUAAUUAAUGACUUUUAAAAAAUGUAUUUACAGACCGUGUCACAGAUCUUUGCUCAAAAAUGCACAUAACUUUUUAGAAAAAACUACUAACUAAAAUGUUAAAGUGGCAACCUUUUGAGAGGAGAGCGUGAUUGGGAAUGAAAGCAAACUAUAUCUCGAUGUUUUACAGAUUUUGUAAAAAACCUGUUAAGUAUAUCUAUACUUAGAGAGUCUAAGAAAUGUUUACAUUCAGCAUGUAUUGCUUGUAUAAUUAAAAAAAAGAGAAAUACAGUGCAUAUAACUUAAAGUAAUAUAAUUGUCUUAGUCAUCUAGUGCUGCUGUAACAGAAAUACCACAAGUGGAUUGCUUUAACAAAGAGAAGUUUAUUUCCUCA